AGCUCAGUUCAAAUAAUUUGAGAUACAGAUUGGAGUCUUUUGAUCCAAGAUUUGAUGCUUUAUUAAGAACACCUAUUACCAUGGAUCCUGACAAAAAGCUUGAUCAAAGCCAAAACCCAUUGGUUAAACAAAAGAAAGUCACUGACUUCAGUGGUCAACCUGCUGCUAAGAGACCAAGAAGGCCAUCUUGUUCCUCUAUCACUGGCGAAAUAGUGUGUAUGUGUUCCUCUGGAUGUAACACCCAGCGAUGCAGUUGUUUCAAAAUGAAUGGAAAGUGUGGGAGUGAAUGCAAGUGCAUGGCAUGUAGAAACCCUCUAAAUAUUUUGGCUGAUAAUGGGAUUAAUAUUGACCAUGCUAAGGAAGACCAGUGUCUCAUGCAAAAUAUUGCUAAGAUGAAAGAUCUGGGAAAAUUCAUUAAGGAAAAUAUCGAGAGGACUCCGUGCUGUGAUGCUGAAAUAUCAAUGAAGGAUGCUUGUGUUGGAGUUGUUUUAUGCCCAGAAUGCAGUGCAGAGUACAGAUUUUCCUGGUGUACCUUUUCUCUUCAUGAUGAUGAAGAUAGGCCCAGAAACCAUUGCUCUAUUUGCAAAAAGUGUGGUGAUUAUAGAGAUGACCACUGCCAAAAAUGCAACAAGUGCUACUUUGCUGGCAGAAGYGGAACUCUAAAAUGCCCAUGUCAAGAUAGACCAAGCUUCAUUGAUAGCCUUGGUGCAUUUAUUGGUGCCUUACGUGAUCCUGUCAGUGAUUAUAGUGAUGAUGACUACUACUGAUCUAUUGGUUUACAUUUAGACCAAGGACAUUUUUUCUUGUUGUGUUAUCUUCUGAUAUUCAAAAUACUUUUUUAAAUGCAAGAAAGUGUUGAUAUUUAGAACACCGGUUGUAUUUCUUAACAGUUAGCUUUGAAAAUGUAUAUUUUUUUUGAGAAAGUUUAAAUCUGUUUGAAUGAAACUGUGAGUGCCUAAACUAUGUUUGGAAUGUUUGCAGCAAUGUAAUCACGCAUAAACGCAGUUUAAACAGUGCAUUAUACACAUCUGAAACCAUGAAUUGAUCAUUUUUCCUUCAUAGUGCUCCCUACUAGUUCAAAUGUUUUYAUCUUUGUAUAAUUUGGAGUCAUAAAAACACUUUCAACAUAUUACCAUAUAAUUAUAUUUUAGGUGCUCAUUGUUUUUUUUUUUUGUUUUUUUCAAACUACUGGACACUUUGUCAGUAAAGUUUAUAACCUACAUGGUUUUACAUGGUAUUAGGUAUAACUACAGGUACCAUUGAUCAACAGUGUUGUACUCCUAUAAGGUACUCAAUUUUCAUAAUUGUAAAUAAGAGGGUUUUUCUUAUUGUUAUAU